GCACCUUUAACCAGCUCUCCUCCCCGUCUCACCCACCGUGUUGCUCUCCGGCGGCUCUUCCCAUCUCGCUGCUUUCUUUUCAUUGUCGCUCUCCGUUUUAUUAAUCAUGGCUGCUCAUUCUACCGAAGAGCCAUUUCCUUUUCACGGGCUUCUCCCCAAGAAAGAAACCGGAGCUGCCUCUUACCUCACCCGGUUCCCUGAGUACGAUGGAAGAGGGGUGCUCAUCGCCAUCCUCGACACCGGCGUGGAUCCAGGGGCCCCCGGCAUGCAGGUCACAACUGAGGGGAAACCAAAGAUUGUGGACAUCAUAGACACAACAGGCAGCGGUGAUGUGACCAUGACUACAGUGGUAGAACCGAACGAUGGGACAAUCAUUGGCCUCUCUGGUAGAACACUUAAGAUCCCUCCUGCCUGGGUCAAUCCAUCAGGGAAGUAUCGCAUUGGAGUUAAAAAUGGCUUUGAGUUCUUCCCUAAGGCUCUUAAAGAAAGGAUACAGAAAGAGCAAAAAGAGAAGAUUUGGGAUCCUCAGCACAGAGCAGCCCUCGCUGAAGUCUGCCGGAAGACAGAAGAGUUUGACCUUGCUCAUCCGACGCCUUCACAGAAUGAAAAGUUGCAGAAGGAAGAGUUUCAGAAUCAGUCAGAGCUGCUGGCAUCGCUGGAAAAGAAGUACAGUGACCCUGGUCCUGUGUAUGACUGCAUACUUUGGCAUGAUGGUGUCACGUGGAAGGCUGUAGUCGACACAUCUGAGUGUGGAGAGCUAGCCCAGUGUACCGUGCUGAGCUCAUACAGAGAAAAACAAGAGUAUGCUACUUUGGGAAAAGCUGAGAUGCUUAACUACUCUGUUAAUGUCUACGAUGAAGGGAAUAUGCUCUGCAUUGUUACCAGUGGAGGGGCUCAUGGAACACAUGUGGCGAGCAUUGCAGCAGGGUACUUCCCAGAGGAACCAGAACGUAAUGGCGUGGCUCCUGGUGCCCAAAUUCUGGCAUUGAAAAUUGGUGACACUCGCCUCAGCACCAUGGAAACGGGCACCGGGCUCAUCCGCGCGAUGAUUGAAGUAAUCAACUACAAGUGUGACCUGGUGAACUACAGCUACGGGGAAGCCACUCACUGGCCUAAUUCAGGGAGGAUUUGUGAGGUCAUUACUGAGGCUGUGCAGAAGCACAAUGUGAUUUUUGUGUCAAGUGCAGGAAACAACGGCCCCUGCCUCUCCACCGUCGGCUGCCCGGGAGGAACCACCAGCAGUGUCAUAGGCGUCGGAGCAUAUGUUACUCCAGACAUGAUGGUGGCUGAGUAUUCCCUAAGGGAAAAGCUUCCUCCCAACCAGUACACGUGGUCAUCUAGGGGCCCCAGCACCGACGGGGCACUGGGGGUCAGCAUCAGCGCCCCUGGCGGUGCCAUUGCAUCUGUACCCAACUGGACCCUUCGUGGCACUCAGCUAAUGAACGGCACGUCUAUGUCAUCCCCUAAUGCCUGUGGCGGCAUCGCUCUAGUCCUCUCAGGAUUAAAGCAGAAUGGGAUUUGUCCUUCUGCUCCUGCUGUGAGAAGAGCGUUGGAAAACACGGCUCUGAAGGUUGAUGACAUUGAGGUGUUUGCACAGGGUCAUGGAAUAAUCCAGGUGGACAAAGCGUUAGACUACCUCACUCAGCAUGCCUCUUUACCCACAAGCCACCUAGGCUUCUCAGUAAGCGUGGGAUCACAGAGAGGCAUCUACCUCAGGGAUCCAGCCCAAGUUCUCACGCCUUCAGAUCACGGAGUUGGAAUUGAGCCCAUCUUCCCAGAAAACACAGAAAACUCUGAGCGAAUUUCCUUGCAGCUACAUCUGGCCCUCACAUGUGCUGCCCCUUGGGUUCAGUGCCCCUCCCAUCUAGAGCUGAUGAAUCAGUGUCGCCACGUCAACAUCCGCAUCGAUCCUAUCGGGCUGAGAGAGGGAGUGCACUACACAGAGGUUUGUGGAUACGACACAGCAGCACCUAGCUGUGGUCCGCUAUUCAGAGUCCCGAUCACUGUCAUUAUCCCUAUCAAAGUGGCAGAUGGUCGAACUCAAGAGGUGCGUUUCACAGACGUCCACUUCCGACCAGGACAGAUCAGACGCCACUUCGUCACUGUUCCUCAGGGGGCGUCCUGGGCAGAGAUCACUCUGACCUCUCAUUCAGGAGAUGUGUCAUCCAAAUUUGUUCUUCAUGCGGUGCACCUGGUCAAACAGAGAGCCUAUCGAGCUAACGAGUUCUACAAGUUCUCCUCAUUAUUAGAAAAGGGUUCUCUAACAGAGGCUUUCCCUGUUCUGUCAGGCAGGGUAGUGGAGUUCUGCGUAGCUCGCUGGUGGGCGAGUCUAGGGGAGGUCACGGUGGACUACAGCAUGGUGUUCCACGGACUCAGUAUUUCUCCUUCACCCCUGCAUAUUCACGCCUCUGAGGGAGUGACGAGUUUUGAUGUGUCAUCGCCUCUACGGUAUGAGGAGGUGUCGCCCACCAUCACCCUUAAGUCAUGGGUUCAACCUCUAAGGCCUGUAAGCUCAAAGAUAAAAGCCUUGGGAGCGCGUGAUGUGCUGCCUAACAACAGGCAGCUGUAUGAAGUAGUCCUCACCUACAGCUUUCACCAGCCUAAGAGUGGAGAGGUAACACCCAGCUGCCCGAUGCUGUGUGAGCUGCUGUAUGAGUCUGAGUUUGACAGUCAGCUGUGGAUGCUGUUUGAUCAGAACAAGAGACUGCUGGGCUCAGGGGACGCUUACCCACACCAGUAUUCUCUAAAGCUGGAGAAGGGCGAUUACACGGUCCGACUGCAGGUCCGUCACGAGCAGUCCAGCGAGCUGGAGCGUCUGAAAGAUCUGCCGUUUGUGGUUUCUCAUCGUCUGUCGUCUACCCUCAAUCUGGACGUUUACGAGACACACCGUGCUGCGCUCAUGGCCAAGAAGAAAGCAAAUUCCAUCACCUUGUGUCCAGGUGCGACACAGCCGUUCUACGUCACGAGUCUGCCGGACGACAAGAUCCCUAAGGGGACAUGUCCAGGAUGCUACCUGUCAGGCUCGCUUGUUGUUCCCAAGAGCGAGUACGGCAAGAAAGCUGGGCAGGCCUCUGCAAAACGACAAGGAAAAUAUCAAAAGGAUAUUGUUCCAGUUACCUACCACUUAAUUCCUGCUCCUAAUAAAUCAAAGAACGGGGGUAAGGAGAAGGACAAGGAUGGAGACAAAGAGAAGGAAGUGAAGGAUGAGUUUGCUGAGGCCAUGAGAGAUUUAAAGAUUCAGUGGAUGACAAAGUUGGAAACCAGCGCCAUCUAUGAUGAACUGAUUGAAAACUACUCAGAUUACCUUCCACUGCACGUGCAAAGGCUGCAUCAGCUGGACUUAGAAAAGGAACGAGGGAAGCGUCUGGCGGAGGUGGUGUCUGCAGCAGACAUUGUAAUCUCCCACAUCGACCAAACCGCCUUGGCUGUUUACCUCAGCAUGAAAACAGAUCCUCGACCCGAGGCCGCUUCUAUCAAGACGGACAUGGAGAAGCAGAAGUCAUCUCUGUUGGACGCACUGUGUAGGAAAGGCUGCGCCCUGGCAGAUCAGCUCCUGGUGCCCUCUGCAACGCAGGACGGCGCUGGUGCUGGUCAGGCAGCAUCAGGUGAGGCUGCAGAGCAGCAGGUGGCCAGCAGCUCUGAAGACACCCUUCUAAACGUGACGAAGGCCUUGACUGAUACGUUUUGGGAGGUGCAGAAGUGGGCAGAGUUAACGGACUCCAAGGUUUUGAUGUUUUCAUACAAACACGCCCUGGUGAACAAGAUGUACGGCCGAGCUUUAAAAUACGCCUCUAAAAUGGUCGAGGAGAAGCCGAGCAGAGAGAACAUGAAGAACUGCAUCCAGCUCAUGCGUCAUCUCGGAUGGACACAUUGUGCCACCUUCAGUGAGAACUGGCUUCCCAUCAUGUACCCUGCUGACUUUACACCAUUUUAGGCACAAACACCCACCCGCAUGAGCACGGCAGCCAUAAACGUCCCAAUAAUUCUGACAUCACAACCUCCAGGUCACAUGUUCAGUGCAUCUGACCAACCAGCUGCCUCCCGAGAUGUUGUCUGGUUUUUUUAAAGGCAGACGUUAAUAAACCCCAAACUAAAAAGUAAACAAUUUGAGGCUUUCAAAGCUUUUUUGAGAUGUUAUGAAGUCAAUUGAACCAGAACGUAACCUUUAAAAAAUUCCACCAACUUACAUUUAUCUACAAAUCUUCCUAGGCUUUCAGGACAAUUUGUCAUUUCGACCUUUUUUUUGUGUAAAUAGUGUAAAAACUGAUAGUGUGGGCGUCAGGGCUGCAUCAGAAGUCUUUCCACACAGCCUGUGACCCUGAGCCUGGCUGUGUUAAUGCUUUAGUAAGAAGAGAGAAGGACUUGAUCUACAAGACCAAACAGACUCUUUCUGAUAUUUAAAAAAAAAGGCUUGGACAGAUACUUUUUGUUUUUUUCAGCCAAGUUUAGGGUGUAUGUUUAGUCUUCAAACACAAAAACAGUCUCAAGGUGCCUUUCUUCGUGUACCUUUUCUGAUUAAAUGAAAAUGAGAGGGAAGCUGCACAGAUCUUAGCCUCCGUCCACACGUGGGUCAUCUUCAUCCGCAUCUAAGAGUCGAACAUACAAGCUGUAACACUCCGCAGCAUGAUUUUAUCAUUAUUUUUUCUGGUUGCUACAGUAAAACCACACUCUACCCGACCUCAGUAACAUAAUGCAGCGGUGGGCCACCACAGGACAUUCGGAGCAGAUCACAUGUUUUAAUGUUCACACAGUGAUAUAAAGAACUUACCAGUGUAGCAUUCAGCGUGCUGCAUGUGUACACAGUGUCAUAAGAAUAAUGUAAACACACACACAACACACAAUAUUAAGAUGCAAUAGUUGUAUACUACAGAUGUAAUCUUAAUCGAUGUAUUUUGCAUAUACGCAUGUCUAGUAGAGGUGUAAGAAAGGCUAGCUUUAUGUGAAAAUGAGAGUUUUUUGUUUGGAUUUAACAGAUGUGAUUCAGGGUGUGUGUUUGGGAAUGAUUUUAUGUGCACCUGUCAGCAUAUCUUGGACAUUUCUCCCUAAAAAACCUAAACAGGAGCCAUUUAGAGGGGUAUUUUAUCAUUUUAAAGGGACCACACCAGUGGUUUUACCCAUAUUAGUUUGCUUUACUGCUAAGACCCAUAUCACAGCUAAACAUGUUGAAAUUAGCUUAAUGUUAGGGUUGUUUGCUGCACUUCCUCACAAGACGGUAGAUUUUGUUUCUGCACUAUUAAAUAUACUGUUGUUAUAUUUUCACAGAAGUAAUAAAAGUAGAGCCGAUCCCCACACAUUAUUUCUGUCAGUAAAAAUGUUUCUUUAGUUGUAGAGAAACACUGGUUUGGUCCUUUUUAAAUGACUCAUCUGACUCAUGUAACAAAUGAGGGCUAUAAAAUAAAAUGUUUUCUUUAUCAUCGUAUUGUUUGCUAAUCUGCAAGAAAAGGUGUGAAAUCCAGUUUUAUUUUUUUUUUUUAAAUCAGUUUAACCAAAGGAGUUUUCUUGUUGAGCUGGCUUCACUAGCAACAGAUAAAUGACAUAUUUAAUAUUCCUAAAUUCAGACUAUAUGGAAGGUUUUGGUUUGACUUUUUCUGAUGUUUGUAGCACUCACAGGUGGAAGAUCAGUCUAAGAAUGUAAAAGCUGCUGCUUUUAGAGCCUUUUGUUUGCUGGAGGUCAAUCUAUGAGCAGCGGGAUUCAUUUUUGUUGCUUCGUGCAAAGUCUUGAGAUUUGUGGUUGUUUGGCAAAAUCCUUUUGCACACCAAGUUUUCUGUUUUUUAUCUUGCUUUUAAUGUUCUUGUGUUUCUGUUUUUGUGUUAUUUUUAUUUUAGAAAAUGUGUUGUGCUGCCAGUGCCAGUCUGUCUAAAAAUGGCCUUAACUUUCACCACACGACUUCACCUUCAACCUCUGACUCCUCAAAUCUGUUGCUGUCAGUCUCCUUGUGUCAGAAAUGCUUGUAUGAACCACGAGUGGUUUUAUUUAUAGCCAUAAAACUUUAGAAAAUGCUCAUACUUAAAAGAAUGUCAUGAGGUAACCAUUUAUUCUAUAUUCUGGAUCAUGUAGGGAAAGGCCUGUAACUACUGUUGCAAUUAUUCUGUUGACAUGGAAUAAAUGAAAUCCCAAACAAAGAAAGUGUGCAGAAAUAAAGGAGUUGAAAGAGG